CACGCCUAUCAACAUGUCUUUUAUGCUCGAUCCACGUGGGGACUUGCCUCCUCCCACUAUCCAGCCGAGCUCGUACUAUUACACACACCAUCACAAACGAGCCAAGUCUUAUGGUCUGCCAACUAAGAAACCCAAAAAGAAGCAAUGUUAUGACUGGAUCUUCUCGACAGCCUCCAAUGUCCACAUAGCCAUCGACCGUGCCACCUUCAAGACAUACGUCUCCUUCAAGUCAUACGUCCUCACAGUUUCUGACCAACGCCAAGUGCCAGUUCGCGGCAUUGGGACAGUCGAACUCAAGCUUCGUCGAGAACCGGGCAGCCGAGAAAACCACACCAUUGUCCUGGAAAAUGUCUUGCAUGUCCCCGAUUGGCUUUGCAAUGUGAUUUCGGACGUCUACUUUGUGCCUGCCGCCCUCUAUGAGCACACAUGGACUGAGUUUGGUGUCAACCUAUUCUGCCGAGACCAGGAGAUAUUCAAGCCGUGGGGCUAUACUGAGAACUUCUGUGGCCUGGAUCGACUGGUGCUGUCAAAGAAUCAUCAAGGACGUAGCCCCAUGCUUGAAGAUCCGGAGCGAGAAGUGUUUUCCGUGAGCUUGACCUGGCCGCAGGGUCAGAAGGACAAGUGGAACAGCUUUUUUGCCGAAGAGAUGAAACAAGAGGCUACGCGCAUCGAAAAGACCUCAAAGACGAAACACGCCCAUGACGAGACGAAAGGUCUCACACGAGAGGUGAAGAGCAACUUGAUAGAGAAAACCAAAUAGAAGCUGGUCCCGGACACCAAGAAAAAGCCGGAAAAUCACAAUCGAAGCGAGCCUGGUGAGACCAAUGGCGAACCGGAGAUACUUCCGAGGGGUUCUAGUCUCAUGUUUGACAAUGUCAAGGUCUGAGACCAAGGCAUGUGGUUCUUUACGUCUGAGCAUCAAAUACAGGUCACAGACGAGACGGGUGGAACGAGGUUCAUCGG